CCCCCUGCUCAUGUAGAGCACUUCAGUGUCCCGCAUUACCCCGGCAACCCACUAAAAUAAGGACCUGACAAAGAGGGAGGGAAAGAGUAGAAUGGAAGGGAAAAAACAAAAAAGCAGUUGUUUUUUACACAGUGACAUGCGGAGAACGAUUUAACAAGCACAAGGAUGUAAAAUUCUACAUACAUUCCAGCUGUUUUGGUAGAUUUGGAUGUAUUGGAGCAGAGGAAUGCUGUAGGCAGUGUGUAUUGUGCAUGGUGUUGGUUUGAGUGUGUGUAUCAGAAUGGUUGCAUUCUCUCUCUUACCUUUUGGCCCAUAGAAGAGAGAGAGAGAGAGAGAGAGAGAGAGAGAGUGAGAGCUUUCGUCCCGAAUGACUCCCAUCCAAAACCAUGGGCAUUGUGGUGUCCAGAGCUGAUAAAUGUCGUUUGGUUCGCUCCACUAGCUCGCGGGGGUCUCUGCAGGUUCAGAACAGCGCCCCCUGUAGGGAGAUGAAUGGAACAGUCAAACUCUCUCAAAUUAACGUCAUUGAAUCCUCUCAGAACAACACUGAAGAGCUUCUGAUUCCUGCACUUCCAGAAAAAGCAAAUAUAGAAAGAGGUUAUGUGACCCCACAGCAGGUAUACAACCUCCUGAAUGCUGAAGCGGGCCAACCUUCACUGCAUGAUCCCUAUUAUAUACUGAUACUGGACUGCCGCUCUGCAGAGAGAUAUAAGCAGAGUCACCUGGUCACAGCCCGUGCCAGUGUGACGGUGAUGCAUCCAGAGCUGGGCUGUUUGAUAAGCUGUGUUCAACUGCAGGAGUUUUCUAUAAUACUGCUAUAUGCUGAAGAAGGCCAAAGUCCAGUUGGCAGUCAGGAGGCACGCGUUGACUCUCCUACUCUCCAGCACUGUUUCUUCCAGCUGAGUGCUUUGGGAAUGGACCCUGUAAUCCUCCAGGGGGGCUUUUCUGCUUUUCACUCUCUCUAUCCCUUUCUGUGCACCCCUCGCAUGGUCCUACUGGAGUCAGAGCGUCGCUCCCUCACUAUCUAUCCCUCUGAAAUCCUGGAGGGGGCGCUAUACCAGGGCUCUGCCUCGCACGCACAUGACUACCGUAUCAUCAAAAACCUCCACAUCACACAUGUGGUCAAUGCCACAGCUGAAAUCUCAGAUGCCUUCCCGAGUGUUUUACGUUAUCUUCGGCUACGGCUUAGUGAUGACGCACAGCAGGAUCUUCGGCAGGCCCUUCCAGAAGCUUCCCGGUUUAUUGCUGAGGCUGCGGGGGGCACCGGGGGUACCAGGCGGCCGGGUGUUGGUGCACUGCAGCCUUGGACGGAGUCGUAGCUCAGU